AUGUACAUCUUCGCUCUAAUUCUUAUCACUGGUGUUCAAAGCCGGUUUGUAUCCAAACACGAAGAAUGGAUACCACCCCCGUUCCACAGUGAUUUGGAAGACGUGUACUUUGAGAAGAAUUUUGAAUCUGUUAAGCCGGUGUAUUUGAAGAGGAUCCCGCGUCAAGUCCAGGGUGUGACCAAUACAAAUCCAGACGGAAGUUCUAAUUGGAUAAUAAAGACACCAAUAGCUGGUAAUGAUAAAAAUGUAUUGAGCGGUGUGGGCGGUAUAUAUGGCGUGAAAAAUGGCGAUUUCAACGCAGCGUUAGCUGGGCUUUCUUUAGAUAACUUGCAUGGCCACAGCGCUAGCAUUACCGGAAAACAUAUCAAAAACUUCGGAAACCAGCUGACAGCGGCUGGAAAAUUAAAUUUAUUGCACAAUGAUAGACAUGAUUUAAGCGCACAUGCUUUUGGUACGCGGACGUUCCCAAACAAUCCCAUGAUACCAAAUUUCAACACUGUGGGAGGAGGCGUGGAUUACACCUUUAACAAUAAAAUUGGCGCUUCGCUAGGGAUGUCACACACAGAUCUCCUGAAACGCACGGAUUACUCAGCGAUGGGGAAUUUGAAUAUUUUUCGCAACCCUACUAGCUCUUUGGACUUCAACGCCGGUGCCACGAAGUCGAUAUCACCGUUUUUACCAAAAAGUAAUUGGCAACCGAACUUCGGGAUAUCCUAUAUUAAGUAUUUUUAG